AUGUCCAAAGAAUCGUCAAUCACCGUUGCUGUGAGGAUUCGACCUUUUACCACUAUAGAAUCGUCUCUGUUGCUCAAGUCGUCCUCAGAGGCACCAGAUACGGUUCUUAAUGGUUAUGGGGUUCCCAAGAAUACCUCUAAUAGACUGCUACAACAGAGUUCUAUUCGCAAGAUCUUGAACGCCGUGGAUGACAGAAUGUUGAUAUUUGAUCCCAGCGAUACAAAUCCAUUGGUGGCCAUGGAACAAAACGUAUUUUCGAAUCCACACAACAACAACGACAAACGACGUGCAAGCAGUGUUGGAAGACACAGUUCGCGGAUACGAGAGCACCGAUUUGUGUUUGACAAGCUGUUCGACGAAGAGACAAGCCAAAAUCAGGUUUACGAGUUCUCAACCAAACCUCUACUAGAUUCAGUGCUAAACGGAUUCAAUGCCACAAUUUUUGCAUACGGAGCAACUGGAUGCGGGAAGACAUAUACCAUUUCAGGAACACCAGAGAGCCCAGGCAUCAUUUUUCUAGCUAUGCAGGAUCUAUUCAAUCGCAUAAGUGACUCUGAAGAUACACACAAAACGGAGCUGAGCUUGAGCUAUUUAGAGAUCUACAACGAGACCAUUCGAGAUUUGCUGAACCCAGAAACAGAUCCAAGAUCGCUGAUUCUGAGAGAAGAUGAGACAAAGCGCAUUUCUGUGGCCAACCUUUCAUCUCACACCCCGCAUUCUGUUGAAGAUGUCAUGGAUCUCAUAAUAAUAGGAAACAACAACCGAACGGUUUCUCCAACAGAGGCCAACUCCACCUCAUCCAGAUCGCAUGCCAUUCUCCAAAUAAACGUGCUUCAAAAGCCAAGAACCGCAGACUUGAAUGAAGAGCACACUUUUGCUACAUUAUCUAUUAUUGACCUUGCCGGAAGUGAGCGCGCCUCGGCGACUAGAAAUAAAGGUGCACGUUUACACGAGGGUGCAAAUAUUAACAAAUCGUUACUGGCACUUGGAAAUUGCAUCAACGCAUUAUGCGACCCGCGCAAGCGCAACCAUGUUCCAUACAGAGAUUCGAAGCUUACUAGACUCCUCAAAUUUUCGCUUGGGGGCAAUUGCAAAACAUUUAUGAUAGUGUGUGUUUCACCUUCGUCGCGCCAUUAUGAUGAAACGUUGAAUACCUUGAAGUAUGCCGAUCGUGCAAAAGAAAUAAGAACGAAACUCAUACGGAACCAACACAAUUUGAGCCGCCAUGUUGGCUCUUAUCUGAAGAUGAUCACUGAGCAAAAACGCGAAAUCGAGGAACUCAGAACAAGAGAAGAUAGAAUGAUCAGCAUUGGCAUCGAGAAAUUCACCAACAAUAGAGAACACUGCAUGAAGCGACUUCGAUCAUCCGCAGAAGAACUGAAGCAUUCGCUCUUGAGAAACCAGCAGGCGAAGUUCCAGAAGGCAUAUAUUUUGGCCGAGCGCAAAUUCCUCUUGUUACAAAAACACCAGGCCCAACAAUUCCUGGUUUCAUUUGAGACACGGUUUGGUGCAAAAGAGGAGCUAUCUGACAUUGACAUGUUUGUUCCUGGGUUCAGCGAAUUAAUCCAUUAUUGUGAAGAACUGGUUAAAAAAAUAGACAGUUGGAUCAAAGAUCUCGAGGCACAGUACGGCAAACCGAACGAGCUCGACUUUAUCCUCAAAGAGUCAUCAGCAUCUCUUCUGAGAUCGUUAAGCGAGCUUGACACGUGGACAGAGGAUGACACCAAGCUCUUCGAGGAACGCGUUGCACAUUUGAAGGAUUCGGUGGAGAAGUCAAUUCUCUUUGAUUCAUCGAUAAUCUUUGAUCGGUCUGUCAAGCACUUCAAUUCGUUCAACUUUGUAUUUGAAACGCUACAGCGUGCGACUGCUAUUUUACUGGAUAUCUCCUCGGAGAAUGAUGACGCGUUGCAGAACGUUUCCGUUUAUUUGAGAGAAAUGGUGGUGGAGAUCAAAGGUGCAUUCUCUCGCUUGCUUGAAGACCGUGGACAAGUGAUUUUGGACACCAGCUCAAUUACGCUGAAUCCUGAGAAACAGCGCAAGAUGGAGAUUCCCGAGGUGAUAAGGACCCCAGUCAAAUCGUCCAAACGGUUAUCUUCGUCUCCUCUAACUAAAGGAUUUGCGAAGCUUAAUCGACUAGACACCAACGGCAAAUCCUUGAAGAACAGAUCGCUGUCUGAAGGAACACUCAAGCAGACCAAGAAGGUAAGAUGGGAGGUUCCGACUACGGAAGACUCUGACGUGAGCAUGAAUGAGGAGGUACCUACAAAAAAAUACGUUUCAUCACCGUUGCGUGCAGAAUCAAGGGGCGAGGAACAGCUCGUACUGAGACGAUCCCAAGAGAUGUCACCCUCAGCAAUAAAGUUGACGUCCAAGUCGCUACAACCGUCGAGCAGUUUCAAUUCUGGGUCGAUGUCUCCUGUCCAAACGGGUUUAGGUCCUGGACUUGGAGCAGAUGCCAAGUUCCAAUUUGGUUUGACGACAAUUCCGCUUUUGAACUCUCCAGAGUUCAAGAAAUACCGGAACACCAACAAACCAGGCGCAGAUGGUGAUGAAAGCAUGAUGGCCUUGGAUUCAGGAAUCAGCUCUGAGAGCACAGAAACUCAGGAGUGA